GCAGCCAUGUUGUGCAGCCAUGUUCCACAGCAGCACCCAGCGCCGGCACUGGACCUUCCGCGGCGAAGAGGAGCUGUCUCGGCGCCGGGCCGAGGCGAACCGCCGGGCCCGGGGCAGGGCCGCGGCCACCGGGAAGGGCGAGUUGGUGCUCCUGGAGCCCCACGAAGAGCUGGCGAUAUGCAAGUACUACGAGAAGCGGCUGCUGGACUUCUGCGCCGUGUUCAAGCCCGCGAUGCCGCGGUCCGUGGUGGGAACAGCUUGCAUGUAUUUUAAACGCUUUUACCUCAAUAACUCAGUGAUGGAGUAUCAUCCUCGAAUAAUAAUGCUAACGUGUGCAUUUUUGGCCUGUAAAGUAGAUGAAUUUAAUGUAUCCAGUGCACAGUUCGUUGGUAACCUUCGAGAAAGCCCUCUUGGACAGGAAAAAGCUCUUGAACAAAUACUGGAAUAUGAACUGCUGCUUAUUCAGCAACUGAACUUCCAUCUCAUUGUCCACAAUCCAUACCGGCCAUUUGAGGGAUUUCUAAUCGAUUUGAAGACUCGAUACCCAGUGCUGGAAAAUCCUGAAGUUUUGAGGAAAACAGCUGAUGACUUCCUCAGUCGAGUGGCUCUGACAGAUGCAUAUCUGCUCUUUACUCCCUCACUGAUAGCUCUCACUGCCAUAUUAUCUAGUGGUUCAAGAGCAGGAAUUAAUAUGGAAAGCUAUUUAUCAGAGAGUCUUAUGCUGAAAGAGAACAGAUCAACCUUAUCCAGACUACUAGAUGACAUGAAAUGCAUGAAAAAUCUCAUCAAGAAAUAUGAACUGCCAAGGGCUGAAGAGGUUGCUGCUCUGAAACAGAAAUUAGAGAAGUGUCAUACCUUUGAGCUUGCACUUAAUACAAACCUGAAGAGUGGACUGAUGAUGAUCUUGUGGAUUCUGCAUUACCUUAAAGGAAGAUGGACUCCUACCCCUCCAGGAACGAAUUUGGUGCCAGGUGUGACCCUACCUGCCACAGGUUCUUUAUAUUCUGUGUCAUACAGUUUUCAUGCUUCCAGUGUUUAUCUUGGAAAAAAAGCUUGUUACUUUGUUAAAUUAAAAUCAGUUGUGGUUCCUUUAAACCCUCAUCCAUGAAAGGUCAAGUAUUAGCAAGAAAUACUUGCUUUUAGAAAUCUGCCACUCGUUUGUGGUUCAGGAACAGUUUGCUGUGCGUGUAGUGUUAGAGCAUGGCAGCCACUAAUUUGUUCCAUUUUCAUAUACCCCAUUGAAACAUAAAGAGUUUUACAAUACAUACACUUAAAUGCAGCUUUGGGCGUUGCCCAGUUUCAUUUUCUUUGCUGCAUUUUGUAUGUAACAGGUAGAUUAACCAGGCAUCUCUGUGCUCAACAAUUUUUUUUACCAUGUUGUACUGCCUACAGCCAGCCACCUCAAUCCACAAAAUAAUCCAUUUUAUAAACUCUGUUAAGAUCUAAGUACGGCAGAAUGAGAGAUUGUUAAUUACUUAUUCCUCUCAGAUGCAGUUUAAUACAGACUUCACACGGUUAUGGGACAAUCUAAAAAAACACUUCUGUGGUACCAAGGUCUUGCAAACAGGUGUGUUGUCACUAUGGGGAGCAUCAUCUAUGCCUGCUGAGUGCAGUACUUGCAACACUUGGGAGCUCUCAGCUGUAGCACUGGACUCAUUUCAAGGAAGCAGUUCACCUGGACACCAGGGUCAGCACAGCAGAGCCACUAUAAUACUACAGCAAAGACCUAAAAGUAAAGUCUCUGAUUUCAUGUGACAGUGAAUUGAAAAAGCAGUUCUGAUAGACAGGAGAAGCAGCAGUGUAGGUGUUCUAAUGGUGUAUCAACAACAUUCAUGUAAUAAAAUUACUUGAUUAUCUCAGUCUUGUAAUUGAAUCUCAGCAUCCUGUUAUGCCCUAUUAUUAGACCACUGUCUAGAAAAGUAGCACGUGGUGAUGCUGCAGUGCCCUCUGAAUCAACAGCACAUUUUACUUUUCAUUUUUUUAAACACUCUGUGGCAGUGCCAUGGGCAAGGACACCUUCCACUAGAUCAGACUGCUCCAAGCCCCAUUCAGCUUGGCCUUGAAGGCUUCCAGGGAUAGGGCAUCCCCAGCUUCCCUGGCACUGUGCCCGUGCAUCACCACACUCAGAGGGAAGAAUUUCUUUUUAUUAAAUCUCAACCCACCCAGGAUGUUUUAACAUCUACUUUCUCACCUUGUCAUGUACAAAUUAAGGCGUAUGGACAAGGUAAUGCUGUUUUGAGGAUUUAUGCUGAAAAAGUGACAGUGUGAACAUUUUAAAGUACACCACAUGUAGAGACACUAAAAAAUUUCCACAGCAGCCAAAGUUAGCAAGUUUCCAUACAGUUGAUACGCAGCUUGAUUUAUUUUAAAAACUCAUUUUUCACUUAUAAAAAUAAUAUUUAUGCUAGACUUACAGUACACAAAAGACCAAACAAUACCUAUUUUAUAAAAUGGUUUAAUGAACGCAUGCAUGUCUGAUACAAUGAUCAAUAAAUUUACUGAAUUCAAAUUAUUUACUGUUGUAAACAUUUUACAAAAGCAUUGUGAUUUAUCCGGAUAUACAGUUCUUGAUGGAAGAACUAUUCAGACUGAAUCAGUGGCACAUCAAAAAAAUAAAGCUGACAAGACCCA